AUGGGGCUAUUGACCAUUAUAAAGAAGCAGAAACUCAAGGACAAGGAGUGUCGAUGCCUAGUGUUGGGUUUGGAUAACUCUGGAAAGUCCACGGUGGUGGAUUGGAUUCUGAGUACUUAUAAGCAUCAAGAUCGCCAAGCGAUUACGCCAACGGUGGGCUUUCAAAUCCAUACGGUACCGUUUGCCGGCCAUAAUGUGCAACUAUGGGAUAUCGGCGGUCAGUCUACUUUACGGCCUUAUUGGGACAACUAUUUUGAUAAAACGGACGUUUUACUGUGGGUAAUGGACAUUGCUGCAGCAAGCAGGGUGGACGAGUCUGUGCACGAACUACAAACGAUUUUGCGGAAUAGGGAUAGACUGGGGUACAAUUGCCGGAUUGUAGUGCUACUCAACAAGAAGGAUCUGGUGAAUGAAGCUGAAAACGUGUCACAGACGUUGCAGAGAGAUUUGAGCCGUUUACUGCAACUCGAAAAUGUUCCCAUCGAAACAAGGGCUACCAGUGCUCUGGGUGGGGAAGGUCUGGAAACAUUGAUGGAAUCGAUUGUGGGGCGUAAACGGAAAGUUUUGGAAAGAGUGAGCUAA